AUGACUCAAACUAAGACCUGCGAGAAAGACUUUUGGUCCACCGAGACCUACGAAGCAGUUGCUUCGUUCGUGCCACACUUUGCAGACACUCUAGUCCAGAGCAUAGACUUCAGUCCUACUGAUCGUGUCCUGGACAUCGGAUGCGGCGAUGGGAAAUUCACCACCUCCUUUUCCCCCGCAGUGAAAUAUGUGAUGGGAGUUGAUUCUUCCCCGGCGAUGAUAGAAGCUGCAAAAAAGCUAGACUAUGGCGGAGCAACCACGGACUUCCGAGUUGUCGAUUGCCGGUACCUCAAUAAGGAAGCCGAUAUUGUGAAUGGCAGCUGGGAUAAGGUAGCCUCUAAUGCUGCCUUACACUGGGUUCUGAGGGAUCCAACUACCCGUGUCUCUACAUUAGAGACAGUGUUUCGGUCCCUAAAACCAGGAGGAACGUUUUUCUUUGAGAUGUGUGGAUUCGGUAAUGCACCCGAAAUGGUCACAGCAUUUACUUUUGCGCUUGUGAACCAUGGAAUUGCAAUUGAAAAGGUGGAGGAAACGUGCCCCUGGAUCCAUCCUUCAGACGACUACAUGAAGAGCCUGCUAGAAGACAUUGGCUUCCAGGUCAAAAUGAUAGAUCUGAAGCCGAAGCCUCUGAAGAUGAACGCUGAUGUUAAUGGUGGACUUGAAGGCUUUAUGCGGCUUCUUGGGGCUCCGUGGAUGGAUGUUUUAGAAACAGAAGAGAAGAAAAACAGUGUCUUGAAGCAGAUGUGCCGCAUGCUGCGACAUGGGACUACAAAGGAAGAUGGGAGCCAGUGGAUUACGUAUUAUAGCCUGAGAUGUGUGGCUGUCAAGCCUGCGACGAGCUAG